CUCAAUAAAGAUCACAAUCCUAAUCUUCUUUUGCCGUCGGCAUCGACGACAACCACCGCCACUCUCACUCCUUUUCCUCCCGACCCUCCUUUUACUUGGAACUCGUUGUCGUCUUUAAUCGCCAACCCAUUUCUAAUCACCGACCACGAAUCCAAGGGUAAUUGGAAGGCGGAUUUAGCAUUUCCUCCAGAUCGGUCUGAGGGAGAAGACGAACAACCACCAGUUCGUUCGUCUGAAGAAAAGACGAACAGAACCUGAAUUGGGCGCGAAUCCUAGGCCCUUUCUGCAUAUGAGGAGUAGCUCUAGACCUAGAAGGCGAGGCGGCAGCGACAGACUCUGCAUCUGCCAAUCCGUAUUUGAAGGCAUCGUUGUUGGGGUCGAAUUCGAGCCCUUACGCAGCAAUAGCAUCCUGAUACUAGGUGGUCAAGCCGAGAUGAGUGGCGCCGAGGCGGGAGUAGCCCUUGGACUAGUCGAGCUUGAGCUCGACGGUCUUCUUGGCGUCGGCGUACUUCUGGAUGGAGGCGUAUGCCGCCGAUCGGUUGGAAUAGAGUACGUGGUUGGUGGGAGUGAGGGCGAUGGCGUCAGAGAAGUGCUUGAUGGCGGUGGUGUAAUCGCCGGUGGAUAACACCGCGUUGCCCUUUGCUUUAGCUUCGUCCGCCAUCGUAGAUUGCAAAUUCGAUUGAUUGAAAGGAUUAGAGAAAAGGGUUUUGCAGAAUUGAACUAUGAUUAGCAAAUACGAUGUAGAAAUUAAAGAAGGGUAUUUAU